CAAACUUUGUUGAUUUUAUUAUUAAAAUGAGAUAAUAUUCCACUGAUUAAAAGUAAGUACAGGGAAUAUUAGGUUAUUUCUUAACUCAUUGGUAAAAUAAUAAUUUGGCUCAUUAAGAAGUGAUUAUUUUAUUUAGCUACUUUGCUAUGCUGACAUCAGUGUAUGCGUUAUUGUUUCCCAAUCUGUUUCCAUUUCAGGCAUUCAGUGUCUCCCAAAUUCAAAGGAUGCACUGGUCUAUGAACACACUGCCUCUUCCUCAGUAUAUUGAACUGGGCGUCCAUUCACUGAGUGGUCUUUUAUGGACUCUACUACUUUUAUUUCUGUGGCACUGUUAUCGGAUUGGCUCCGAUUUCCCAGGCCAUGCUCAUGCUGGAAAGAUAAAGUCUAGCUCAAGACGGUCCAUGAUUUCCCGUGGCGGCGGCUGCACUGGGACAAAGUGCAAUGCACGAUCCAAGCUGUCCAGGAGUGAUCAAAUCACUCCUUUCAUUUCCAUGGAAACAGUGGAAGAUGAGGAACGGGGACAGGGCUACCUCACACCAGUGCUGAGUCAUGCCUUGUUCCCUGCCCAGGCAUCUGCAGAAGCCAAGAAGCUGUACACAGCACUGAAAGAGUAUGCCAAACGCUACAGUUGGGUGGGCAUGGGCCGCAUUCAUAAGGGUCUCAGAGAGCAGGUCAGACUGAAUGAUCUUUCCACCAUACAGAGGCCACAUCUCUUCUUCCUGCCAGACCUCCCAAGUGUUCCCUUUUUCCCACGCGAUGCUCAUCGGCACGAUAUUGAGGUUUUGGAAGCUAACUAUCCUGUAAUCUUGUCUGAGUUCCAGACUGUUUACCAGCGGGGCAUCGAUUCCAAAUUUGGCUGGACCUGUGUGGGACCAAAGGGCCAUGCAGUGUUUCCCUUGUACAGCGCAGGUGUCUGUGUGGCCAGUAAUUGCCGCUCCUGUCCCUGCACCUACCGCAUGCUUCUUUCUCUACGAACUUUUAUAAACAGCAACUCAUUGGGAUCUGCAGGAUUUUGGCUGCUGGGGCCUGGAGCUACACUGGGGAGCUCUUAUGGACCCACAAAUACACGCCUUCGUUGUCAUCUUGGUCUGCAGACUCCGCCUUUGUGCGAGUUGGUGGUGGGUGGGGAGCCUCAAUGCUGGUCAGAGGGACACUGCCUCCUGGUUGAUGACUCCUUCCUUCACACUGUCUCACACAAAGGCCCUCCAGAAUCUGGACCCAGGGUCAUUUUGAGUGUGGACCUCUGGCAUCCAAAUGUGGCUGCAGCAGAGAGACAAGCUUUAGACUUCAUGUUCAACCCUGAUCUCUGAAUUUGCUCCCUCUCUACCUGUGUGCAAUAUGCAGGGAUGCCUUAACUUAGCCCUGCUUGUGCCAGGUCAUCUAUCUCAUUCCUGUCAACAAAUCACUGUGUGAAUUUGCCCCUGAAAAUGAUGCAAUGAUGCAAUCCAUUAGUAACAAGUAUUGUUGAAUGCUUGGCUUGUAGGAAUUGCUACAACAAUGCAGUGUUAGACAAUGCUAUAUGUUAAACAGUGUGACUGCAAACUAAAAAACAGCCAACAGCUGCAAGUACAAGGAGUAGAGCUCUUGCAAACAUUAUCAUACUAAAAUUAUUUACUAGUGCAUGUAAAUUAAAUGUACCUGUUAUGAUUACUGGACUGUGAUUUGAGUUGUUGAUGCAUGUGCUCAUAUUGUAGGCUUUGGCCACAAGAAUGUUAAUGGUUCUCUUAUUUUGAAGAGAAAGUUCCCAAUGUUUCAACCAAAAAAACUGUGAAAAACAUGACGAAUAUAUGAAAAGAUUUAAAUGCAUUUUUGUUUACAAAAUUAAUGCAAAACAGCAAUUAAUUUAAAUUUACUGUCGUUUAUUCUUGUAUUACAAUCCUCUUGUGUAUGCUGGAAUGUUUCUAUUUAGAAAUCUUUUGCUAUGAACUAUAUAUUACUAUUCUUAAAAAAAAAACAAUUUCUCUCUUAUUGUUGACUUGGUUGCCAUGUGCUGUAUGUAUUAUAUGAAGAAGUAUGCAUAAAUCAGUUUUUGCCAUUUAAUUUAUUUAUUUUGGAAAUAAACUGUCUAAUGGCGUUAACCGUAUAAAUUCAUGUUUUCAACUGGUUUCACACAAAUAACUUAGAAGGAAAAGAUGCAGGGAAACAUAACAUACAAAUUAUAAAAAGGCAUAAAUAA